AUCUAGAAGCACAAAAAGUGUUUCAAGAAAGAGAAAAUAUAAAUAAUAUUAACAUUAAUAAAUAAAUAAUUAAUAACUUAUAAACAUUCUCCUAUUUUUAAGGCAUAAUAUAAAGGUGUUUUUCGUUAAGUUCAAAGUUGUGUUUCAAAAAUAUUCGACAUUCAAGAAAGAGUGAAUUGUGUGUGAUUUCGAAAUCGCUGAUGCGUGCCCAUUUAGUUGUUGCGAAAACAGUAAAGUGCCUCAAAGAAAAUGAUUAAAUCUGGUAAGCAAAAGGCUUGCAUCGAAAUGACGGGAUCAAAGUUGAAAAUAAGAACAAAUACUCUGGAGCAGUCGAAUGUUAAGGAGUCAAAUUUAAAUGAAAAGAAACUAGGCUACGAUGAAACUCAACUUGGGGGAAAUAUAUUAAUCGGAAAUUAUGAUUUUUUAAAAGAAUUGGAAAUCACUGAUAAUGGCAUGGAUAUACUUGAUUUGAGCUCUUUGGCACAACUUGAGACCCUCACUUGCAAUCAUAACAAAUUGAAAGAAUUGAUAAUGAAUGGAAAAAGUUUAAAAACAGUAACGGCAAGACACAACAAUCUUGCUACAAUAAAAGCGCUAUCACCGCCAACUCAUCUUGUAAAUAUUGACAUUUCAUACAAUGAUUUCGAAGAACUACCGGAUUGGUUGGGAGCCUGCUAUAAUUUAGAGAGUUUAUAUGUCGAACACAACCGUCUCUGGACCAUUGACAACAUAUUCGCUACAGAUGGAUUUCGUAAAUUACAUACAUUCAGUUUGGCCUACAAUCAGCUAACAACCCUGAAUAUUUCAACACUAAUUUUCGGUGCCGUUGGAAAUUUAUACUUGCAAUGCAAUAAAUUACAAAAAUUACCAGACAACUUCUUUGCCAUCACGCAUAAAACACUGAGACUUCUGAAUGUCUCGUGUAAUAACUUGUGUGCGGUCGGGGAUAGUCAAGACAUCAAAGAUAACUGGUGCUUGGAAGAGUUAUAUCUCUCUAAUAAUAAUCUGAAUGAGAAUAUAUUCUCCACUUUUGUGCGUGCGAGACAGUUACGCAUCAUACACGCAGCUUAUAAUAACAUACGUGAACUACCUGAAAAUAUUAUACGAAAUUGGACUGAUUUAGAGGUGCUCGUCUUAUCGGGGAAUAAACUACAAAAUCUACCUGAAAAUAUUUGCGUGCUCACGAAAUUGGAAGUUUUACGUUUACAUUCGAAUCUGCUACACACAACGCCAAGUCUUACGAAAUUAGCGAAUUUGAAAGUUUUGGAUUUGGCACACAAUCAUUUGGAUCACGUAAAUCUCUUGAGUAUUAUGCCAAAGAAUAUAAAAUACUUGGAUCUGUCAUGCAAUCUACAAUUGCAAUUCGACGAGCGACAAGUGCAGAUGUGUCAGUCUUUGAAGAAAAUGAGCUUUGUGGAUGUGAGCGGUAAAAAUCGCGCUUGCUUGCCCACAAACAAAUUGGCGGAAAUGAAAGAUAGUAAUGUCUUGCGACAGCCCUGGAUGACCGGAUUUACCGAGACGAUUGGGAAAUGUCGAAAAUUGUUAGUUAAACAAAUACGUCUGUGUAAUUUCGCUGAAGAUGAAGGUCUUUUUGGUAUGCUCGAAUCGGCCACUCUGGGUGCACUCAACACGACAUUCGUUAAUUUGGUGCCACAAAUAUUAUUACACGAGCGUAGUGUAAAAGAAACAGCUAAAGAAUAUAUGAAAUAUACAGUAUUGUCGGUCUAUCAGCGCUUGGCAAGUGAGAGAGGCUGUGAUGAUCUGCAUAUUGCGUUGUGUCACAUUGCCAAAGAGAGCGCAGGCUUCAAAGAUUAUAUGAGACCAAAGCGCAGUAAACGUUUCAUUUUACGCGUCGCCAGUAUUGGUAAUAUAGAAGCGCAUCUUGUGCGUAAAACGUCGACAAUUUGCCUGACAGGUGACAGUUAUAAUACGUCGUUGUCACAUGCCGAUAAUUUUAAGGACUCAGCCAAUGCGGUCAUCACUGAUCCCACAAUACACGAAACGUUUUUAAGCAACGACGAUGAGUUCUUAGUGCUCUGUAAUGCGAACAUUUGGCGUGUUAUGGAUAUAGAACGCGUUACACAGGAGAUACGACGUGAAGAAAAUAUAGUUUUAGCUGCCAAACGUUUACAAGAUAUUGCUCAAAGCUUCGGCGCAGAUGAGAAUCUGAGCGUUAUAAUAGUACGUUUCAGAUAUAUCGGCACCGAUGUGGAUGAUCUGUUGAAAGAGCUAAAGCAAACGGUACGCAAGAAUCCCAUCACACAAAAUAUGAACUGUGAUGAUAAGCACUCGAUCGGUAGUCAACGUCUAAUUGGUCGCUGUUCACCGCGUCAAGUCUUAAUGGGCGCAAUGCUGAAAAGCGAUCGUUCCUCGCCGAGUGGCCAAAGCGAUCAAGUGCAAAACUUUCUGAAUAAGGGUGUAAACGGCGAGGAAUAUGCCUUUGCAACCGAACAUGUGCUAGAAGAGGACGAUGAUGAAUUGGAAAUUUUACAUGAAACCGAUUCAGUGCUGUCAGAGGAACAAUUCAAAUGUUGGGAAUACAUGUUGGAACAAAAUACACAACUACUCUUCGACAAAGAACUCAACACAAUAUCCAAAUCGAUAACAAAAAAUCAUAAUAGUGAAUUGCCGGCGGAACUUAAUAUCAGUCUGGAUAAAAGUGAAUAUAAGGAGAGUAAUUUAAUAAAAACUUUUGGCAAUCGCUUUAUAUCGCAUAGUUCGCCGCAACUGUUGUACAGUGAAAUUAAAAAACCGCUCACAACAUUUACACACAAACAUCAGGAGAAACGUCAGCAGCAGCGACAACAACAGCAGCAACAGCAGAAACAUCAACAGCAAGUAUCUUUCCUGUCAAAACACUUCGGCAGCUGUCGUUCAUUUCAAACGCAAUCCCGUUAUAAUCUCUUCGAAUCGAAAAGUCAAAAUUCGGUUAAUGUUGGUCUCAACUCGAAGUGGAGUGGUGGCCCCAAUGCUGCCUACUUUGGUUCAUUACAACGUCUGAUGCCAUACAAUUUGGAGUAUGAUUUCACAGUUACACAGGAUCGCACAGCGUUCAAUGAGGAAGAUGACGAGUACGAUGAACAGGAGGAUCGCAUGAAAAAAUAUUGGGGUAUAGCGACUACAGAGCUCUAGAUGUACAUACAUAUAUUAUCUAUAUUUGUAUAUGUCGUAGGGUGUUCGUAUUUCUCUUUAUAAUUUUAACUGUUAAAGAAAUUUUUUUUAUGAAAUUUAUUGUGCUUGAAGCAAAACAAAUCUUUGAAAAGGGUUGCCAUAAUAAAAAGAAAAAGUUACGUCUCACUCUUAUAUAAGUAAUAUCCGGUGCAUAUUUUUCAAUUCAAUAUAACAGUUUUGACAACUGUUUAUGUUGCAAUUUAUAUUGACAUAUAAUUUGACAUUAUACUAAUAUUAUCAACUUAAGCGCUCAACUCGAAAUGCAUUCCAUUCUUUUUGAAAUGAAGUCCCUCUACCCGGCGGUGUAAAAAUUGUUUAUAUUUCUUAUUGCAUUAAUUGAUUAAGUAGAAGUUUUAAUGAAUCUCUGAUCAUAAGUUGAUAAUAUAAAGAUGACCUAUUGUUACUAUUUAUAAACUAGGAAUGUUCGAGCAAGCAAAUAACUGCGGCAAUAUUGCAACCCUGAUGUUUUUUUGCAGAUACUCAGCUGAUACUUAAACAAAUAUUUUGCAAAUAUAUUGCGCGGCGUGCAGGUGCAUUGAAGAAGUGAAAAUUAAGAAGUCUUAAAACUGAAUUUUUAAUCAAUUUAACAGUGGAUAACUUGGUGGAUAAUUAAUCUUAAAUGCAAAAAAGCAAGGAAACAAAGUUUUUUUCGUAAAAAAGUGGCUUAUGACCGAAAUUUUAAAGAAGAGGGCAAUAGUAAAAUCGCAAAACUUCUUAAAACAAUUCGAUUUUAUCCUCCAUAUAUGUAUGUAUAUAUUUAUCACAUUUUCGGAUGUCUCGUGAAAUACAAUGAUAAUAAUUUGUUAUAAACAAAAAUAAAGAGCGAUUUCGCUUGCCUCAUUUUUUCCAUCAUACAUUUUGUUGAUGCCGAUUUUGUCACUUUUGCGCGCAAGAAAUGUCAAAAUUUGAGUUCCUCGAACGUUUGACAUUUGCAAAAGUCGCUACAUUUUUGCGUCGAACAUGAUGCUCUGCAAUAUUGCCGCAGUGAUUGAGACUCGAACAUCCCCCUAGUAUUACCCUUUUUGAAAAUACAUUCAUUAAGAAAUACAAUAAAAAUAAAAAUUAAAAUUUGUCUUUAUUUCAAAUAUUUCAUCACCAUUCGUAACUGAAAAGCUUUAUAUAUAGACCAAACAAAAUCUGAAUAAAAAAGUUGGUUAUAAAACUCGAAUGACGUUUAUUCAAAAAUGAAUUAUUUGAUUUUAAUGCUAAAUCGCAUUUGUCAGAUUUGAAAUCGAAAGAGUUUAAAUGCGUCCAGGAAAAAAAAAUUUUAUAUACUAGUAUGUAUCUCCAUAUGUCAAUUGAAAGAUUUUUCUGACAAUUUUUACCAUUGUAAAAAAAUUAGCAAUGAGUUUACUUUAAAUAUUGAGUUGCAGCCAUUUUGGUCAAUGGUUUGGGUAUGAAGCGUAUCAAUGCUGUACUUGUACACCCAACUCUUUUUUUACACGGUUUCUUUUUACACGGAUUUGAAGUAACACAGUCGAAAAAAACAAAUUUUUUUGUAAAAAACUUUUAAUCUAGUACGGUUUCAAAAUAACUGUCUUGUAAUUAUCUUUGUUUUUACCACACUUAGCACCAUUACUGAAAUGAACAUAUGUACAUAGUAGUAACUGGGAAAUCAACUUAUUCGAUAACUCUUACCUACACAUUUUGUUCGCAUGAUAUUUACAUUGCUGAAAUGGAUAUCUCCAGCCUUGAUACCGACUUUAGUUCAGUUCGUCGCAAACAAUUGCGCUUGUUAUCAAGUAGCGACGAAUAAUUAUGUAGCUAUGUAAAUAUUUUUUCCUUAUUUUUAUUCUAAUUUUUCUGUUCUUAAUUCUGGAUUAACAGAUUUCUUUUAUUUCAUUUUUCAUUUUUCACCUGUAUGA